AGGCCGAUCUCGUUUGUCUGACGACAUGUUAACUUUAGCUGUAUACAUUAAAUUAUAAACGGAUUUAUUCGCAGGAAAAAUGGUUUUGUGACUCGCGCUCAGGUCCUCGGAGUGCGUUAAAUAGUUUCUGGUACGCGGAAGACGUGGAAAAAGCGCGAUAAAUCGACGUCGGGUCUCGAUAAAGUCGAUUUUGAGACAGGGUGUAUCGGGUUGUAGUUUUUACGGGUCCCGUCAGGAGCAAAAUCGCUAUCAAAACGGAUAAAAAAUUGACCGAAAUCUAUUUUUAAAUGCGCCUUUCUGUUGUGUUACAUUAAUAUAUAUCUGUCUCUACGGUCUAGGCUAUUUUCGCGAUCCCGCAGGGUAAAAAUAGCCGCGGUGUCUGCCGACAGUGGCCUGAGGAUGUUGCCGCGAGGCCAUUUUUCAACUCGAAUUUUUGGCUAAUUAUUUUUCACUUUGUGCGAAUUUUCGAACGGUUUUAUUUACUUUCUCCAGUGUCCCAUAGGAUUACCUUUUACAUUACCCAUCGGACAAUCUCAAUUUCGUCCCUUUAGGUGUGAUUUUCCAUCAAUUUCAAACCCAAUUUCCAUCACUAGUAUCCACCCAAAAUUUGGUCAUCACCACAAAGAAACAAAACUAAUAACACUGCCAGUAGAGUAUAGCAGCUAUGAAGACAGCAAUAUUUUACUAUCAGUGAUGCACUGCACCGAGCCGUGAAAGGUAUAGGGAAGUUCCAUUCCUCGGCUAUCCGGACCGGAUGGUCAGGAUCUGAGCCGUUUGCCCAGCAAGCUAACCACGGUGGCUUCAGGCCCGGAGUGUGGCCCCGUGGCCGCCGAUAAGGGGGCCGAUUGUUGGUGGUCCCCGCUGGCGGCCAUGGGCUGUUUUGGAGACCGGGAUGCGGGCCAUGCCAAUGAGGACAUACGAUCUCAGAAACGUAUCAGCGACCAAAUCAAUCGGCAACUAGCUAAGGAAAAACAGGUAUACCGGGCUACUCACAGAUUGUUGCUGUUAGGUGCCGGUGAGUCUGGCAAAUCAACCAUAGUAAAGCAGAUGCGCAUUCUCCAUGUAGACGGUUUUAGCGAACGAGAAAAAAAGCAGAAAAUCGAGGAUAUAAAAAAGAAUAUCCGAGAUGCCAUUAUUACUAUUACUGGAGCGAUGUCAACUCUUAGUCCCCCUGUUCAGUUGGAAAAGCCCGAGAAUCAGGUACGAGUCGACUGGAUUCAGGAUGUGGCCACCGGGCCGGACUUUGACUAUCCGCUGGAGUUUUAUGAACAUACCGAAGCUCUCUGGAAAGAUAGAGGAGUACAGUCGACGUAUGAGAGAAGCAACGAAUACCAGCUUAUCGACUGCGCCAAAUACUUCCUGGACCAGGUGGACGUGAUCAAACGGCCCGAUUACACGCCAACUGAACAGGAUAUCCUGCGUUGUCGUGUCCUCACUAGCGGCAUCUUUGAAACGCAAUUCCAAGUCGACAAAGUCAACUUCCAUAUGUUUGACGUCGGUGGUCAACGUGACGAACGACGGAAAUGGAUCCAGUGCUUCAACGACGUGACUGCCAUAAUUUUCGUGACGGCAUGCAGUUCUUAUAAUAUGGUGCUGCGCGAGGAUCCCACCCAAAAUCGGCUUAAAGAGUCAUUGGAAUUGUUCAAGUCGAUUUGGAAUAAUCGCUGGCUGAGAACCAUCUCGGUGAUUUUGUUUCUCAACAAACAAGAUCUUUUAGCGGAAAAGAUCCUAGCUGGUAAAAGUAAGUUAGAAGAUUACUUUGCGGAAUUUACGAGAUAUCAGCCUCCGCCGGAAGUACCUAAUGAAAAUAAUGAGCACCCCGAAGUGUUUAGAGCCAAGUACUUUAUCAGAGAUGAGUUCCUGCGUAUAAGUACAGCUUCAGGCGAGGGCAAGCACUACUGUUAUCCUCAUUUUACCUGCGCCGUCGACACGGAGAAUAUCAAGCGGGUAUUUAACGACUGCCGUGACAUCAUCCAGCGCAUGCACCUGCGCCAAUAUGAACUGUUAUAACCGCCCCCUCGCUCCCUGAACAACAACCAACACACCACAAGCACCACUUGUACCCCUCUUUGUCGUCGAAGCCAGUUUUUGCUGCUGCUACUAAGUUUGGUCUUCUGUGGCAGCGUUGUCACAUUUUACGGGUAAAAAAAAUUAUGUAAAACGACCUUGUUUUCUUUUAAAUAAAGAAAAGGAGAGAGAGAGAGAGGAUUAUUUUUGGCUGGUUUUUUGAGUUUGCUCAAAAAAAAAAUUCGAGGACUUGUUUGCGCGGACCAUGUACAUUUAUUUUUCUAAGGGCGGUGAACGAGUAACUCGCUACUAGCCAUGUGGUGUGCGUGUGAUUUAUGGUGUGUCCAUAGACAUACUUUGAGAGGCAAGUCUCGUAUUUGUUGGCAAUUUAUAAUUGAGAGGCCGUGCUCUACGGUGGGGUCCAAAAGUAUGGCAUAAGUCCAAAAAUGUAAUUUUAAUACUUCGCUUAUUUAUGGAGAAAUGCGCGCUGAUUUUGCAUAUACAAAAUUUCUACUAAAAAUGCAUUUAUUAUUUCUUGAAAAAAACUUUAUUAAGUGUUAGAGUAUAAUCCAAAAAAUGGCUUUUUGAGAGGAAAUAUAAUAUUGAACAAUUGUUUUUACGCAUAUAAUGCCUUUCUACAAUGAUAAUAAAUAAUCGCUCUUGUCUUUGACUAUAUGAAUUAUUCCUUGUUUUAUUUGUGAAUGUUGUUAUUCCAUGCUUUUGCACCGUUCUGUACAGAAAAGGAUCUUUAAUUUGAAUAUUAUAAGAAAAAAAAAAAAACGUUUUUCACAAAAAACUCUAACAACAAAAUUGAGCAUAUUAUACAGGGUGUUACUAAAGGAUUUAUUGUGAUUUGUUAUUUCCCUAAAUAUUUUAAUCGAAUUGACUAAGUUUAACUGUAUACAUCUGGCGAUCAGAAUAUUAAUAAAUAUAAAUGUUCUGUAAACAAAUUUAAGGUAUUGAUAAAUAAAUUUAACUUUUCAGAAAACAGACAUAAUAAUUUGGUAACACCCUGUAUAAGUGUUACAAGCAUAAGGCUGUGUUAAAAAAAACUAAUUGUAUUAUUCGGAUAAGUUAGACAAAGAGAAUUAAUAGACUUUAUGAUAUACAGCAAAGUAAACAUGAAUCGUCGGCAAACAACAAAAAUUCAAUUAGUGAAAAACUAGUGAGUAAAUUAAAGGUCCUUUUAAAGCGACGUUAAAAGAAAACCACUCAAAUUUCCCAUCUCCCAUUACAAUUAAUAUUUGUAAUUAGUUUAUUGAUGUUUUAGCCAAAAAGAAAAGUCCUAUCAAGUAUCUCUGAUUUGUGCUAGGUUUUUGGAUUCAGAUAUUUUUGAAAAAAUCGAGAUAUUGAAAUAUUAUUGUUGCAUCGAACGCACAAAAGCAGCUGUUGAUCUCGGAAAUUUCCAUAACAAUGAAAAUUCUAGCUAGUUCCUAAACAUUUUAUCAUUAUUCUGUUUUUUCAAAAAUAUCCUGCCUUAACCACGCCCUAGUAAAAAUUAAAUUAAAACUUAUCUUCACAAGCUUUCCAAAAUAAAACAAAAUUUUGAAGAGCUAUCAAGUAGUGGCGCUCCUUGUCACUUGUAAUUAUUAAGGUUCUGUCUGUAGGAAAUAAAAAAUUAAUAAUAAUUAUAAAUAAAAAAAAUAAUAGGCGAUUUCAAGUUCGAGACGAGGUCAACAGAUUCAUCUGUGCACAAUCGCUGACAACAUCGCAGUUGCCAGCAUUUCGGGCCAGAUUAUCGUGUUACUUCGGACUGAUUUUAAAAUCGGCUAACUGCGCCAAUUUUGUUUCUUUCUUUUUGACGUUAAUGUGUACGAUUGGGUGUCGGUAUAUAACGCAAAAAAUAAACAUAUACAUAUGUCGCUUUUGUCAAUGAAGAGUGAUUUUUGUUUUGGGGCUUUUAAAAACUUCUUACUAUAUUUUUUUAUGGAAAAAUGGUAUUUCAAAGAGGUGAAAAGUUUGAAAGCGCUGAGUUACACAUUUUGACUUUUCAUGUGGCUUGUUUUGAUGCAAGUUGAUAGAUGCAUUGAACUUUAAUUGUUGGUUGAUUCACAGUGACAGUGAGGGUUUUAGGCAUUAUAGGGAAGAUUGUUAAGAUGGUAAACAUAAGUUCAAUAUAACUAAAGGCAGUUUCAAUUUCAAUAGUUGGCCUGUCAGUAGAUAUCACUUAGAAUCUGGGUAGUAUCGCUCUGGUGAACUGUCAUCACGAGUUUGAAAAAAAAAGAAAGAAGUCGUUAACCUCUCUUUCACAACCGCCGCCAAAUCCUCAUUAUAGUUUAGUGAUUAGAAUCCGGAGAAAAAAAUGGCGGGAAGGGCGGGUGGGAAAAGUGAUAUCUACGGACAGGCUAACUAUUGAAAUUUAGAUAGAACUUCACAGGUAAGUUUGUUUAAUCUAAUAGUUUCAAGACGUUGGCCUGUCCUAUGAUAUCACUUAGAAACAGGGUAGCUGUUGAAAGACUACACUUUUUCCUCCAGUUUCAAGAUAUAAUAAUUUUUAUUUUCAUAAAAAUAUAAACCAAAACAUUCUUCUUAUAAUAUAUUAAAAGCAAAGAUAGCUUCCAUCUAUCAGUUUGCCUAUUUCAGAAGUGCUUUUGCAAAUCUUUUGCGAAGGUCUUUGAUUCUGCAGACCAUCCAGCAGUCCUUCUGAUAUUUUCUAGGGUGAUCCCAUUUGUUAUAUGCUGCAGAUGUAGCAGCAUGUCUUACGGAGUAUGGCCCAAAUGUUUUUGUGUCAACUCCUGUUUCUGCCAACAUGGGUUUUAUCCAUCUCGCAAUUGUUGCUGCGGCAGCUGUUUGAUGAGGGAUUCUUGUUGUAAGGAAGAGAAAUUCUUGUGAUGAUCUGAUACUUGCAGUCUUGUUAAUAUGCGCAGGCGGGAUGCUGGGCAAAUAUUUGGCCUGUCCAAGAAAAAUGGAAGAUGUAGACAUGGGCUUUCCAUUCCAGGUCUAGUAGUCCUUAUAUGAUCAGGCACUAGUAUCUGAAUGCCAUCCUGAAAUAAAACUAUAUUUUCGACUCUUAAUCGUCUGUAGCCUGUGAGCGCAUAUUAAUGCUACUAAAGUCGCAGUUUUCUUUGAAAGUUCUAGUAAGGAAAGGUCCUCAUUAAUUCUUGUAUCUAGGAAGUUGAAAACCAAGUUAGUAUCCCAGAUUGAAUUGUAUCUUCUCUUGGGGAGCUUUGCUCUGAAAAUGCCUUUCAGAAAACGUCUCAUAUUAGGGCGGUUUCCUACUUCAAAUUUAAGAAUUGAUGAUAAAGCUGAGCGUACGGAAUUAAAUGAACCAUAAUUUAAUUUUCCUUGCUUUUGCAAGUAAGAGAAGAAACGGAGAACGUGUUUUCCUGUAGCUUCAAACAAGUCAAUUUUUGUCCUACUGCAGAAUUCUCACCACUUUCUAUAAGCAGUCUUGUACUCAGGGAUGUAGCAAGACAAAUCUGGGCCCUGGUACAGGGUGUCAAGUUAUAAAGUACCAUCACCUGUAACUUUUUUAUUUUUGAUCGUAUAUAAAAAAGUUACAGGUUACUUUAUAACUUGACACCCGGUACAAGACUACAGUGGGCCCCCUUCACCACAUGGACAUAAGAAGGUUCAAAGUAAUUGGGGUGGAGAGGGGGGGGUUUUUAUGCAAAAUGUCGCAUUGCAAAUUCGUAGGCGAGACAUUUUUGGAGGGCUAACAGACAAUAGCUAUUUUUGUUAAAGUAACUAAAAUAUUUAAUACAAGGUUUUUAGCUCGGCUACCGUUCUGAAAGUACUUACUUUCCGGACGCGUUUUACUCAAGAAAGUAUGUCUUUUUCAGUGAUUACUUAGGUCAGGAAGUGACUAUUUUCCGGCCUUGUCUGGAAAGUAUGUACUUUCCAGCCGAAAAACUUUUUCGGACUCGCAGUCAUCCAGGACUCGGCUACGCUUCGUCCUGGAUUUGGGAAUCUUGUCUACUCGUCCAAAAAACCAGCAAUUUCCGGACUCCUCACAUAAUAAAUUUACUGUUUUCGUUGACAAAAUCCCACAAUUCCUACAUCCCACAGGGGAUUCACUCAUGUGACUCUAGUAGGCUGUUCAUUUGUACUGCUUUUCUUGCUUCAAACAGACCUCAGUAGCUGAUCGGCGUUCACUUGGCCCAUAUAUUAUAGGUUCAUAGGUAGCAGCUCCUAGCAGAUCUUCCUGAUUUUUCGAGCAGGUAGAGCAUUGAGGUAGGUAGAGCAAGUACAAGUGAACAGCUGCCGAGUUCGUUUUCUUCAUCUUUUUCGUUGAUUUGCUCCGAAAUUUCGACAGGCACGUGACUGGAUCAGGCAGUUUCAAUCUACAAAUCACGUGCCUGUCAAAAUGUCGGAGCAAAUCGACGAAAAAGGUGACAAAAACGAACACGACUAUUCUAAUGGAUUUCCACGAUUCAGAAUGACAAUUGACAAUAUUAACACGAGUACUGGGACUCGGAGGGCUGACUAAAAAGAAAUCUGUAGAGAUAGAUAUAACAGUUUCCUGUUUUGAUUACAAAUCGCCAAAGCAAAGAAUGAUUGCUUGGGCGCGCGUAAUAUGAUUUUUUUUUAAUUUCCUUGUAUGUUGUGUCCAAAGACUGCAGGACACGCCAGGGCACCAGGUGAUAGUUGGUUCAGCUUCCUCUAGGUUUCCCUUCUUUAGCAACGCUUGCCACAUAACAUUCCUGCCUCCAGGGAAAUGUGUAGAUUUUUUAAUCUGUAAUGAAAAAGAAUGGGAUUAUCCUUAGGCAGUAGGAGUGUGGGAUUCCUUAAUCAAAAGUUUUUUUCAUAUUGGAUGCCAAGGUUGGGAAACCCAUCUAGGAACUACCACAAUUCCUGAGGUCUUGUCAGAGAUAAUAUUAUUAAGUACUCUCAAAAUUAGACAGAAGGAAGGAAAUGCAUAAAGGAAAAAGUUGCUCCAGACACUAUAAAGGCAUCUACUUGCAAAUCAAUUUGGAUCAGGAAACCUUGAAAUAUAUCUCUGGCAUUUGUUGUUUAUAUAGGAAGCAAACAAAUCGAUUUCCGAGUAGCCAAAGGCGUUAGUAAUCUUCAGAUAUAAAUGUUUGUUUAAUUCGAACUUUGUCUCUGGUAGUGAAAUUCGAGAUUUCUUAUCUGCUUCCAAGCUUUCCUUACUAGGUAUAUUUUUCUUUCUUUUUUAAUGUAACUUUAUUUAUGAACUCAAAACAGUACAUGUACAUGACUGGUACCGAGUCCUAGCUUUUAUGUAACACAGAAUUAAAUAUUUGAGGUUAUAUCACUUAUACACACCUGGCAAGUAAACAUCUUACAUGCCAAUUAGGCAAUCCAACGACCUGUCCAAAUGGCGUCUGGUUGGCAAACAAUAAACAAAAAACAUAUGAUUUUUUUUGGCAGGAUUAAGCCUAGUACUUAUAACAGCGAAAUUCUCUCUUUUUGGACAUCACUUCGACAAUUUGACGUUUUAUGCGUGAAUCAAACGUCAAAUUGUCGAAGCAAUGUCAAAAAAGAGCGAAUUUCGCGGUUAUGAGUACUAGGCUUUAUCAAUCUGACACUUUUCUGACAUCGUUGACAUGUAACAACGGGUAUUCUAACCUCAUAAAAAUUUCAAAAUGCCGGCUGGUUGGCAAAAGUCACGUGGUAUGGAUUCCCUAAUUAUGUGAUAGAAUGAAAUGUUUAGAAAAAGUCUAAGGUUAAAUAAAGAACAAAAAUGAUUUCCCCUGUUGAAUCUCCAGUAAAAAGCGCUGGGAAUGUUAGAGGUGGAACAGGGAAAAUUGUUUUCGUUCUGUAUUCAACCUAAGACUUUCUCUAGACAUUUCUAUCGCAUUAAAAUUGGCGUGUAAGAUGUUUAAUUGCCAGGCGUGUAUAGUUACAUAUCUGUAUGUAAACCAAAUUCAAGUAAACUCAAUACCAAAUUAUAAAUUUGGUGUAUCAGUAAUAAGUAUACAAAAGAUAAUAUUUAUACAAACAAUAGGGUUCUUCAAGCAAACAAGAAAAAGAGCAAAAGGAAAAAUAUAAAAGUUCCUGAUUCACAACAAUUUUGUAUCACAAAUGGUGUAGUUACUCUUCGUAUAUUUUCGGGAAUAUUGUUGUAUGUCAUCAUUGCUCUGUUAUUUCCAAUGUUAGUUCUUGAUGAUGUUAUGUGCAGAUUGCCUGUGUAUAAUCUUUUGCAUAAGUUUGGAAUCUUCUAGGUGCACUAUUUGUUCAACUUUCAACAACUGAAUUUCCUUAUAGGUAGAUUAGAGACGCUGGAUAGAGUCUUGGGAGAUGAUAUAGGUAUUUUAUGAAUCUAUUUUGCAGUUUUUGAAUUAGUGUCUUCAAAGAUGCAGCCCAAACAGAAAGCAUGUAUUGAAGAUGUGAUUUGAAAAUUGCGUCAUAUAUUGCAGUCUUUAUGCAAUUGGGUAAAAGGUUUACACAUUUUUUCAUUACACCACAUACACCAACCAGUUUCUUCCUCAAUAAGUUCACAUGUAGUUUGAAUGUUAAGUCUUUUUCAAUAGUAAGCCCCAGGUAUUUGUAGGAGUGAACCAUUUUCAAUGCUGUAUUAUUAAUCUUUAUGUCUAUAGAAUUGAUUAUUGAUUUGUUUUUUUGUUUAAAAGUCAUGAACAGUGUUUUACUUAUGUUAUGUUCAAGUUGUUUUUGAGAAGCCAUUUAUAGUAGGUAGACAAGGAGCGAUUAACGGUCUGCUGUAAGUCUUGAAUAUUUGGAUCCUCGGAAAGCGACACUUAAUGUUAUAUAUUUACAGUUCAGGUUUGCCUUUGAAAGACUGUGCACAUACAAAAGAUACAAUAGAGGUCCCAGGACUGAGCCCUGUGGAACUCCACUGUUUGUGAUAACCACCCCACUAUCGCGUUGAUUGACCAAUGUAUAUUGCUGUCGCUUAGUGUCAUACGAUUUCAUAAGAUUGUAUGCUACUCCUCUAAUUCCCAUACCUUCCAACUUUUCCAAAAGAAUUUCAGUGUUAACGGUAUCGAACGCUUUUUGAAGGUCUAUGAAAACAGCAAUCCCAUAAUUGCCCCUGUCCAAACUACUCGACAUAUACUCGACCAUGUCAACUGCUGCCACCUGCGUAUUUGCAGCCUUUUGGAAGCCAUAUUGUUGCAAAUUGAAUUUAAAGGUUUUUUCAAUAAAGUCACAUAUUUUAAUCUUUAUUAUCUUCUCUACAAUUUUGGACAAAGUUGAUCAGAGCGAUAGAUCUCUUGUUACCAGAUUCAUAUUGCAAUCUUUGUUGUUCAAGCUCCCUGCUAAUAGUGCCUCGUACAUCCCGAAAAUAAGUAUUUGAACAGUCCGCAAUUCCUUGAUCAUCUUCAACUUGCCAUGUUUUACGUAGGUCUCCUUCCAAAUUUUUGAAUAAGUUCAUGUUAAUGUCUCCAAUCAAUAAAGUGGGAUCCUUUAAAUUAUUGUCCAAGUCAUUCAAAUAAAGGAUGUAAUUACCAGAUGGAGGUCUGUAUACAGUAAAUAUUUUGAUAUUAGGAUUAAUAAUUUGUAUUAUUAACCAGUGACAAUUGGAAAUGGAUUUAUUCAUCUCAAUACUGUAUUUUAAAAACUUACCUAUGUAAACUGAUACACCUCCACCUAUAGUUGGUCUACAGUUAUGCUCCACAUUAUACCUAUCAACAUUUUGUGAUUUUGUUUCUUCCUUAUAUAUCCAAUUUUCCGUAAAUACCAAUACUUGAGGUUCAUUAUAGGUUUUUACCAUAGUUUCAAUAUCCUCCAACUUAUUUCUUAAACUCCUCAUAUUGGUAUACAACAAACUCAAGCGAAGUUCUGUUAUAAAUAAAUAUCUAUGUACAGGUUAUUUACAGUAUUAAUCACUGGCCUAGUAAGCCUAGGCCACCAGGUCUUGCUCAGAAUAUAUUCUGAGAGCCCUGCUCAGUUUUUUAAUAAAUAUUUUCCCAUUACUAACAUAAGCAGCUUUAAAAUUAUUUUUAUUUUUAUAGUUUCUUGCAGCCUUAAACAAGCCUUGGUUAUGUUUUGUCAAUUCAUUAUUCAAGUAAAUAUGUUUUUUUGGUUCUGCAAAUUUACACUCUCGUAGUAAUGCUUUCAAUUACUUUUCUCUGUUUAAAUAUUUGUUGUUUGACUUCCAAAGUUUUACAUUUGAUAAGUAUUCGUCUGGUUUCGGCAUUUGUGUUAAUUCUAUGACAAUGAGCAAUAUCUUCCUCACCCAGCUUUAUACCCAUUCCCACAAAUAGCUCAGAUACAGAUUUCUCAAUCGUUUUAGUUUCUUGAAUUGGUAUUCCAGUAACCAAUAUAUUGUUUUGUUUUUCAUACUGCUCUCUUAUAUUUAGUUUAUUUUCAAGAAGCUGCACCCGUUGAUGUAGUUCUUGUUUUUCUAUUUUCUUGUUUACCUACAGUCUUCAUAAAGUUUACAUUGUUGAUCAAACUUUUCGGGCAUAUAUUCAAUGCUAGCUUUCAGAUCUUUCAUUUCACUGUCGUACUGCUUGGUGAUUUUGUCUUCAAACUGCUUGGAACAUUGCACUAAUUUCCAUUAGGAGCUGUUUGUCCAUGUUUUCCUUGGUGUCGAAGCCUGAAUCAAUGUCUCUUUCUUCACACCACUGCCAAAUUUCCCUAGUAAUAUUUGUUAGUUCUGCUGGGAAUUUCACACUACCCAUGCGGUUGAUAUAGGCAAUGGCAGUGAUGUUGUCUACGCGCAAAAGAACAUUUUUAGAUUUGGCAUUUGGAAUUAGACUUUUAAGUGCAAGUAAAAUUGUUUUCAAUUCAAGAAAGUUUAUGUGUUUAGACCACCAUCCAUGAGUGGAGCUAUUGUUCAUGACUGUCCCCCCAACCUGAAAGACUAGAGUCUGUUAAUAUUACCAUGUCAAAAUUGUCUUGCCUUAUUACAUUAAAUGAGUUAUUAAUGGCAUUUUGCCACCAAAAAAUAUCUUGUUAAAGAUUUUUGGGCAAGGUCACUAAUGAAUUAUAAUUAUCAUUGUUUGUCAUUAGUGAUAAGGUUUUCCAAUUCUUUUGUAUAGAGCCAGUCAUAUUUAAGGGCUGGACAAGAUGCUACAAAGGCUCUAAAUACACUAGCAAAAAAUCUAAUAGAAAGAUUUUUUUUAUUAGCAAUUGAACUUAUAGAUUGGAGAUCUUUGCUCUCCUUUCAUCCGUGAGUGAAAUGUGCAUAAGAAUGGAAUCAAAUGAAAAUCCAAGAUAGACGCACUUGUUUUGUGGAUCUAAUUUAGAUUUUUCAUAAUUGACAUUAAAUCCAAGUGAUUCCAAAGAUUGGCAUGUUUUAUGUGCAUUUCGUGAACGCAUUUGUGGAUCUUUAUGAACUAUUAAGUAGUCAUCCAGAUAAACUAUGCAUGUGAUGCUCUCGAAGCGUAGCCAGGAUACUAUAGGUUUAGAUAUUUUUGUGAAGGCAUAAGGGGCAGAUGGUAAAAAUGGUAAAAAUUUCUAUUGGUAGAUCUUUUUGUCAAAUGUCUGUGGUCACUAGCAAUUGGUAUGCUAUAGUAGGCUUUCUUCAAGUAGAUAGUAUACACAUUUUAAAAUGGAUUGGUUCUAAGUAUGAAUUUAGAGUAUUUAAAUUCCUCGGAUUUUUACCUGAUUCAAUAUUUAAGAAGAAGGGAGACAAGUAAGGGUGAAUGGAGGGCUUGAUUUCCUCUAUAACACCUGAUUGUAAAAUCUUUAUAUUACAAGUGGAUAUUUGAUCUUGAUUCUUAUUAGAAUGUGGCCUAAAUUUUGAAAGUUUGAUCUUGGAUUAUCUAGGAAUGGUAAUCUGUAUCCAGAUACCCAUUGCAAGAUUAUUUUAGUUAUUUGUUAUGUUUUUCCAUUUAUCCAAGAACAGGCUUGUAUUCUCAGCUGUACUAACAUCUAAUUUCGUCUGCUCUGCGUUUUGUUUUUCCUCUCCUGAUGGAAUUGGCCCUAUUUGCACCUCGGUUCCCUCCUCCGAGAUGGGCCCCAGGAGUUUAAAGAACCACUUCUGGACUGCUGUUUGGUUGCAUACUGUUAGGGGGAGGCAGGUUUCUUGUUGAUUGUAAGAGGCUUCUGUGUAACAACUUUUAAGGUCUUUAACGAUUUUCCUAGGUCGUCCAGUUUUUUAUGUUUUCCAUUAAAAUCUGAGCCUAACAAAUCAUUGUCCACAUUAUUGCUGAAACUAGCUUCUUUGGCUGAUUUGGACAAAAGUGGAGCUAUAUCGGCCCUUCUAUAGUUGGAGACAUGUGUUGGGUGAGAUUGUCAAAAUCUGCCCCACCUUGUCUGCAUGUUCAAAUGCAUCUUUUUCCCUUUGAUAUUUUUCCUUCUCGUCCAGCAAUGUGUUUGUUAAAUAUCCAACACCUGUGAUUGCUGCUGCCAGGUAUUCCUGCAGCAGACAAUUUAUCAGGCUGGAUAAUUCCGGCUUUAAAGUGGCUACUUUUAGGAAUCUUAUGUUUUCGAGUUUUGGGUACAUAGAGCAAAGAUCCCUAACGGUCUCGUUGCUAGCUCCUCCAACCAAUAGUUUAUCCCAUAUCUUUGCUAGAGAUUGGGGAAGGCUAAUGCCGGUGGUUUCUUUUUUCAAAAGAUUUUCACCCCAACACUCUAGCAUUUCCUCGUCUGAGGGAAUUUCUGGUAUGGCACUGGAACAGCAGGGGUCUUGGGGAGGAAUAUUUUCCUCGUCUUGGGGAGGAUUAUUUUCCUCGUUUUGGGGAGGAAUAUUUUCCUUGUCUUGAGGAGUCCUAUUAGACUCCCUAGAUGUAUUAUGCAUAAGCGCCAAGUUGGGGCUAGUAGACCUAUUCGCCGCAUCCCGCUUUGAUUCUAACAUCCUAUUGGACCUGGCAUCGGUUUUUUGUGAAGGCCUAAUGGACCUUUAGGACUUUAGACUUAACCCUCUUAGAUUCAUAAUGUUUCUUACUUGAGUCUGAGGAUUCUGAGGAAGAAGAAGGACUCUGCUUUCGCUCCCUACUAAGCAGUUUGUCAAGCCUAAAGAGGCGCUCCUCCAACUCCGAUUGGGAUUUUCGGAAUCUGUGGGAUCUCUCAGAUGUUGAUCUACACCAUUUAAACCUCAAUUUCGGAAAAAGUAACUUUUAUUUAGGAAAAUGUAAAGUCAUUUUCGGAAAAAGUCAAAUCAAUUUCAGAAAAAGUAAAUUUAAUUUCGGAAAAAGUAAAUUCAAAUUCGGAAAAAGUAAAUUCAAAUUCGGAAAAAGUACAUUCAAUUACGGAGAAAGUAAUGUUAUUUUUAAGAAUAAUUCGAAUUGAUAAAAAGUAAAUUUAGCAGUGACUACAGUAUAAACCUCCAGUCGAACCCGUACCCUGACGGGUUCGAUUUCAAUCAUUGUACUUUAACUUGGUUCUACACCAUUUCAACCUCAAUUUCGGAAAAAGUAACUUUUAUUUAGGAAAAUGUAAAGUUAUUUUCGGAAAAAGUCAAAUCAAUUUCAGAAAAAGUAAAGUUAAUUUCGGAAAAAGUAAAUUCAAAUUCGGAAAAAGUAAAUUCAAAUUCGGCAAAAGUAAGCUAUGAAUGAAUUAACAUUUUCCUACUUUGAAUUUACUUUUUCCGAAAUUAACUUUACUUUUUCCGAAAUUACCAUUACUUUUUCUGAAAUUGAUUUGAGUUUUUCCGGAAAUGACUUGACAUUUUCCUAAAUAAAAGUUACUUUUUCCGAAAUUGAGGUUGAAAUGGUGUACAUACAUAGAGGAUGACAUUAAAAACGAAACAGAAGAAUCAGAUAUUGAAUUAAUAGAUCCAAAUAAAGGAAUAUUUAUAAUGGAAAAAGAACAUUCGAGUAACAUCAAUUUAUCAAGACAAGAUGUUAUGAGGAAGUUUCAGUGUUACACUUGCAAUGCUACAUUUAAAACCAAAUCAAAUUUGGAACAUCAUUUAAUAACACAUUUGGAUAUUUGUCCUUUCGAAUGUAACACUUACAAAGCGGAAAAAAAUGAGUUACAGCAUCACAUAUCAACACUCUCGGAUAUUUUUCCUUUUAAAUGUGACACUGGUAAGAAAAAAUUUAAAGGAAAAGGUGAUUUGAACGCACACAUAUUAACACAAUCGGAUGAGAAGAAUUUUAAAUGCAACAUUUGCAAAGCAAAAUUUAAAAGAAAAGGCAGUUUGAAGAGACACAAACUAACACACGGAUGAGAAGAAUUUCAAAUGCAACAUAUGCAAUGCAAAAUUUAAACAAAAAGGUAAUUUAAAAAGGCACAUAUCAACAGACUUUGAUAGUUAUCUUUUUGAAUCUGACAUUUGCGGAGCAAAAUUCAAAGGAAAAGACUGUUUGAAGAGACACAAACUAACACAUUCUGAUAUUUAUCCUUUUAAAUGUGACACAUGCAAUGCAAAAUUUGAACACAAACGUAGUUUGAAAAGCCACAUAUUAACACACUCGGAUGAGAAGAAUUUUAGAUGUAACAUUUGCAAGGCAAAAUUUAAAAGAAAAGGCAGUUUGAAGAGACACAAACUAACACCCUUGGAUGAGAAGAAUUUUAAAUGCAACAUAUGCAAUGCAAAAUUUGUACAAAAAGGUAAUUGGAGAAGGCACAUAUCAACAGACUUCGAUAGUUAUCUUUUUGAAUCUGACAUUUGCGGAGCAAAGUUCAAAGGAAAAUACUGUCUGAAGAGAAACAAACUAACAAAUUCUGAUAUUUAUCCUUUUAAAUGUGACACAUGCAAUGCAAAAUUUGAACACAAACGUAGUUUGAAAAGGCACAUAUUAACACACUCGGAUGAGAAGAAUUUUGAAUGCAGCAUUUGCAAAGCAAAAUUUAAAAGAAAAGGCAGUUUGAAGAGACACAAACUAACACACUUGGAUGAGAAGAAUUUUAAAUGCAACAUAUGCAAUGCAAAAUGUAAACAAAAAGGUAAUUUGAAAAGGCACAUAUCAAUAGACUUCGAUAGUUAUCUUUUUGAAUCUGACAUUUGACAUGUACAUACAGAUGGUUUAUUAUUUUAUUCUCUCAAUAGUGACAUGUGUUUCGCGCAUAUGAUCAUCAUCAGACCUACAAAAUAAUAGUACACUGAUUGGAAUCGAAUCCUUCCGGGUAUACGGGUUCGACCGGAGGUAUAUAGUUUAUAGUCAUUGCUAAAUUUACUUUUUAUCAAUUCGAAUUAUUCUAAAAAAUAACAUUACUUUCUCCGUAAUUGAAUGUAGUUUUUCCGAAUUUGAAUUUACUUUUUCCGAAAUUGAAUUAACUUUUUCUGAAUUUGAAUUUAUACUUUUUCCGAAAUUAACUUUACUUUUUCUGAAAUUGAUUUGACUUUUUCCGAAAAUGACUUUACAUUUUCCUAAAUAAAAGUUACUUUUUCCGAAAUUGAGGUUGAAAUGGUGUAGAGCUGGAUCCUGAAGGGCGGCUCAUUAUUUGUAAAUUUUGUUAAAUUUUUUAUAACAGUGAAAACAACGUGGUUUGUGUUCGCACUAGAAACUGAUAAUCACGAUUUGGCGGCACUUGUGAAAGCGACUUCUUCCAAACUUGUGAUGACAGUUUGCCAGUGCGAUACUACCCAGUUUCUAAGUGAUAUCAUAGGACAGGCCAACAUCUUGAAAUUUUUAAUUUACUAUCUUUGGGGCGAAUAUUAAAAUGUUUUGUUGUAUUAUAAAACUCCUCCUAGCAUGAGUCACUACACUUCUUGUGAACAAUAUAAAAACGUCCCAGAAGCAACAAUAACGUUGAAAGCAUUCCUAAUCUGCAUAAACGUCAAAACACUGCCAUCUGUUAUUCAAAAGUGUCAUAGAAAGGAUUUUAUUUAUUUUUUCAAGGCGUUAAUUUCUCGAUAAGUUAUUAUAGGGAAAUUCGUCAAACACAGGACCAAUUCAAUACAACGCAAAAGUGAGAAUUUUCUCAUAUUUUUGAAGCCCUCGAAAAAAAUCACUCUUUAACUCUAAAAAGCUGCGCGGAUAUGCGCUAGUAAAAGCCAAGUUCGUUCAAAUUCAUAGUCUUAUUUUAGCAGGGUGGGCAAAUGAAAAAGGAACAAAGUUUGAUUAUUUAUUACGGUUUUGUGUCUAAAUAGAAUGCUUCCAAAUUUGUAUAUUUUUUUAAAAAAAGAACUUUCAUUUGUUCAAGGGUGAAGAUGUAAUCUUGACCCACCCCUGCCAAUUUUCGUGAUAUAGAACGUGUAUUUGACUGGUGAACGCAUGGAAAAUAAUAAAUUCCCUUUUGUCCCUAUCUCCUUCUACACCCUCGAACUGAAUUUAUUCAGAUAAUUGUGAUUGUGUUCUGUCUUACUUUAUUUUGACAAGAGCAAAUAGUCCAAUGUAAAAAGCUAGAAGAAUAUUUAUUGAAAAUUCUUUUAGUUUUCCUUCAGCUCGAUUUUGGAAGUGUAUUUAUGUUUUGUAUCUCUUUGAAUAUGAAACAAAAAGAUCUGUAAAUUAGGACUUAUUUCAAUUUUAAAUGUUUUUAGAUGAUAACAUAAAAUAUUAUGGAAUCAUUAACAUAGACCAGUGAAUUGUGUUUUUAUAAUAGUGAUUUAGAGAAAAAGAAACUUUUCAGUGUCAGUGUACAUUUUUCCCCCCUCAACAAUUUUGACAUUUUAUGUAUUUGAGUGUAAAUUUAUUUGUCGGUGUAACGAUUUUCCCCACCCAGACCCAUCCUGUGUAAUUGGUUACUUGGUGUUAUGUAGCCAAAUUUAUUUUUCUGUCGCUAAAAUAAUUCUUUCUGAAUCAAGCGCCGAAAUUCUCUCUGAUCUUUUAUAUUUUGUAUAUAAAUGCAUCUUAAGCACAAAUUAUUUUUUUUCUUAAAACGAAAAGGUGCCAAAUAAACAAAAUUUACCAAAAAAUUUGGCUGCAUAACAAUAAUUGUAAUGAAAAGCGUAAAAAAAUAAAUAAACAAAACUAAACUAUUGUCGACAAAAAGCCAUCAUACAUCAGAAGGAAAUCCGCGUAUUAGAACAAACAAAAAAAAAAGCUAAACUAUCAUCCUGUUGUGUUAAUUAUUAUUUAAAUGUUUUUUUCUCCACUAUUAUUAUUAUUGAUUAAAUUUUAAAAAUUUGUCAUUCUAAUUAAUUAUUGUUGUUUAUAUGUAUGUUAAUUUUACACAAUGUUAACCUAUUUUUACAUAGAUCAUUUUUAUAUAUAUUUUUUUUUUUUUGUUAUUUAUCGUGCUAUAGUGCAAUAUUUUUACUUGAACGCCUUCGUAGACCACAAAAAAAAAAAAAAAUUGAUUUGUGUCUAGUUUUGAUUGGUCAGCAUAUAGGAUUUUAACAGAUUUAAUUGGAUUGUAUAUACAUAAAAUAUGCUAAAGAAAAACAGUUUUUGUCUACUAGUCCCUUAGAGAAUGACGUUUUCAGCCUUUGAAUUAUUCUUUUGUAUUUUAUUAAUAUGAUCCUCGCUCAAAGCAUAGCAACAAAUACAAUUCAGAUAUAGUAUAAUUGAUAUCAGUCUAUCUUGGAAUGAACUAAACGAAGAAGUUGAUGGAAAUUUUAGGAACAUAAGGAAAAUGAUAUAACUCAGAAACUAGAAAAAUAAAAAACAAAAUAGACUAGGAGAAGUUUAUGAAAUACCAAAUAUCAAUGAGGAUGAUACAAGAUCUCGUUUUCGGAAAUAAAAAAAAAAAUCCGAUUAUCCACUAAUUUCCAUACAGCAGUUACUGAUCGAACUGAUCCUAGAUUAUCUUCUUAUCAACCUGUUUGAAUAUUUUUCCAUUUCUGCCUGCCAAUAUCUAUUUUCAUCCAGUUUCUUCCAACAAUCUUUUGGAUGUCUAAAAUCUUCCACUUCCACAUAUUUUCCAUAAGCACCUUACAUAGAUUGUUCUGCAUAUAUGAGAAAACGAUGGUCACUAGUGACAUUAAUUCUGCCGGAAGGGUAUCAGUAUUUCUUUUUCGAAUUAUUGAACUAAAAAAAAAUCCUAUUUGUCGACCACUCAAAACUAUGUGUAUUUCAUAUUAAAUAUUUAUUUAGGAUAUUUUGUACAAUCAACCAAGAAAAAAAAACACCAAAGUGCGCAGGACCAAAAUACCCCAAAACCUUUAAACAGGUAUUGGUUUCUCAGUCCGGUCGUGAGUACUUUGCGUUUUUUUUCUUUUUUUUUUUUUAAUUUAGAAAAAUUCACUUUGUUGUUUAAGAAGAUGCGAGACCCCCUUUUCCCUACUUAGCAAGUUUGUUUUGUAAAGUACUUAAAAGGUAGUUGAAAAAAUAAAAAAAUGAAAAACGCAGAAUUAAAUAAAAAUAUACGUAAGGUAAAAUUAAACAAACUAAACAAAAAUGGAAAGAUUCUUAUGUGGAUUUUGUCGUUUUUUAUUCGCUUAGAUGGCGCUGUAUGAUGAAGUGUUCAAUAUUUUGCUUUUUAUAUAAUACAUUUUUUUUCUUUUUGUAUAGGUUUAAGACAUAAUUGUACAUACAUAGUACAGCAAAGAAAGAGUAAUGGAUUUACGCACAUUUUUCGAGUUAUAUUGACAGUCUCUGUGGACUAACAUUUUUUUGCUGCACUAUAAAGAUCUCUAUUUAUAAAAUUAAACAAAUUGUGGCUCAAAUUGAGGCUUUUGUCAAUGAUUUAAGCGAAUGAUUUGUUAUACAGUGUCGUUUAAAACUAAAAAAAAAACUGUACUAAGGAAUAAAAAGUGUUAUAUGGUAAGCAAAGA